ACUCCAAAAACCCAUCCCAAAACGAACCAUAGCUAGAAGGGGCCUUAUAGCCACAGUUGCAGGCCCCGUCUGCUCCAUUUCUAACAUGUAAAAAACACAUUAGGAAACUUAGAAGAAAAAGUUACCUCUUUCGGCCUUUUGAGUUUUGUGUAUAAAGAAAACUACAAAGAAAUGGCGUUGGAUGAGGACAAGAAACAGAAAUGCCUCGUCGCUGGUAGUGUCUCGGCUUUGCUAGUGAUCAUGGUUGUCUCGGUAGCUGUCAUAACAUCUAAAAACUCACCCAAUGAUAAUCAGAUCAGGCAAACCACCAAAGCCGUUAAAGCAGUUUGUGCACCUACUGACUACAAAGAUAUAUGCCUCAAAAGUAUAAUGGACGCUUCUCCCAACUCCACAGAGCCUCUCGAACUCAUCAAGCUUGCCAUCAACGUCACUAUCGAAUCCAUCAACCAGGGCCUCAAGAAAGCCUCUAUAGAUGUUAAACCCAAGACUGAUGAAGACCCAGAAGCAAAAGAUGCUUUUGAGCUCUGUGAGAAGCUAAUGUUUGACGCUAUUGAUGAUCUUAAAAAAUGUGUUAACCGUGGGUUCUCAGCUACUCAAAUUGUAGGCUUUGUUGAGGAUCUUCGGGUUUGGCUAAGUGGUGCCAUUGCUUUCCAGCAAACCUGUAUAGAUUCCUUCAAGGAGAUUAAGUCUAAUACUCUUAUGAUUGACAUGCGCAAAAUCUUCAAACCAUCAAAAAGGCUUACCAGCAAUAGCCUCGCCAUGGUUACUGAACUUUCCACCAUUCUCCCAAAUUCCAACGUCACAGGACUAACAAAAGCUCUUUCGAAAUACGCCAGAAAGCUUUUGAAUACAGAAGAAGAUGGUAUCCCAACAUGGGUUAGACCAGAGGUACGGAAGCUCAUGGAAGAAGAAGCACCAACAAUAGAAUUAGAACCACAACCACCACCACCACCACCACCAGCGAAAACUGAUGCGGUGGUGGCUCAAGACGGAAGUGGACAGUUCAAGACAAUCGCCGAGGCUCUAAACUUUGUUCCCAAAGACAACAGUCCAUUCAUCAUCUACAUCAAAACGGGCAUAUACAAGGAGCAAGUAAAGAUCACAAAGAAAAUGCCUUACGUCACUAUGAUAGGUGAUGGACAAAACUUGACCAUAAUUACCGGCAGCCUCAACUUCGGCAUCGGAAGAGUCAAGACUUUCCUAACAGCCACAGUCACAAUCGAGGGGGAGCACUUUACAGCGAAGGCCAUCGGGAUCGAGAACACGGCAGGACCAGACGGACGCCAGGCGGUGGCGAUGAGAGUCUCAGCGGACUACGCCGUGUUCUACGAAUGCAGAUUCGACGGUUACCAAGACACUCUAUUCGUCCACUCCCAACGCCAAUUCUACCGCGACUGCACCGUCACGGGAACCAUAGACUUCGUCUUCGGCGACGCCAAGUGCAUCCUCCAAAACUCCGUGAUCGUCUUCAGAAAGCCCAAGAAAGGCCAGACGUGCGUCGUGGCCGCUCAGGGGCGCAGCGACAGGCACGAGUCCACCGGGCUGGUGUUCCAGAACUGCCACGUAACGGGAGACGAGGAGUACAUGGCAAUUAGGCCCGCGAAGAAGUCGUUCCUAGGGAGGCCGUGGAAACGGUUCUCGAGGACGAUCAUGCUGAUGUCGGCGCUGGAUGACGUGAUCGAUCCGGACGGGUGGCUUCCCUGGAAAGGUGAGUUUGCGCUGAAGACGCUGUACUACGCUGAGUAUCUGAGUGGUGGGUUUGGAGCGAAUGAUAGCCUUAGAGUUAAAUGGCCUGGUGUCAAGAAUAUAACGGCUGAAGAGGCGCAGUUAUAUACUGGAGGUAGGUUCUUAGGUGGUGACUCGUGGAUCCCUCAUACCCAAGUUCCGUACAUUGCCAACUUGUAGGAGAUUAUUACAAUUUGUACAUGGUUUUUUUUUUUUUUUAAAUGUGUUCUACUGAAACUGUGUUAGAGUGAAGUACCUAAGUUGAACUGAUUAGUGGAUAGAAAUAAUUAA